AAUUAGAACCCCCAAACUUGAAUUCAUUCCGUAUUCCCAAAGUCCACUCCCUCUAAAAUAUUCGACACGCUCUUUUAACGCAAAAUCUUAUAUAUAUAUCACACUUUCCCUCAUUCCAUUCACCAUCGAAAAUAUUUAACUGAAACAACGGGGACAAAGAAAGACAUGGCAGCACUCAGUGGAACUUCCUCGCAGAUUAUUAAGGUUGCGGCGCUUUCUGGUUCGCUGCGAAAGGGAUCUUACAACAGAGGUCUUGUCCGUUCAGCUAUUGAGCUAAGCAAAACUGCGGUUGAAGGCCUCCAAAUUGAGUACAUUGACAUUUCGCCGCUGCCAUUAUUGAACACUGAUCUUGAGAAGGAAGGGACUUACCCUCCAGAAGUUGAAGCGUUUCGCCAGAAGAUUCUUGUAGCUGACAGCAUUCUUUUCGCUUCCCCUGAGUAUAAUUACUCAAUUGCAGCACCUUUGAAGAACGCAAUUGACUGGGCAUCUAGAGCACCAAAUGUUUGGGCUGGUAAGCCUGCGGCCAUUGUAAGCGCCGGAGGAGGCUUUGGGGGAGGAAGAUCACAAUAUCAUCUCCGCCAAGUGGGGGUUUUCCUCGAUCUGCAUUUCAUAAAUAAACCUGAGUUCUUCCUAAAUGCAUUCCAGCCUCCCGCAAAGUUUAACGAUGAUGGUGAUUUGAUUGAUGAAGAUGCCAAGAAACGGUUGAAGGAAGUGCUUCUGUCCUUGAAGAAAUUCACCCUGCAACUCAAUGGAAAAAACUGAAGGAACUCUUAUCCCGGAAAUAGUUGAAAUAUGCAUUUCAGAUCCAUUCCUUUAUUUAAAAAAUAAAAUUACCAUUUGAUUUGGAUUUCACUUACUUUUUUUUUUCAGUUCCACGAUUUGUAACAGCAAGAUGCAGUGGUACUUUACUUACAUUUCAAAUUUUCUGCAUGUUUAAUUUCGUUGCUUUUCUUGCAAGAGUGGUAAUGGCUGUACGUGAUUGUGAUGUACGGUGUUUACAUUAGAGGAUUUUGAAAUUUGACGCAUUAUUUUUCAUUUGUA